AGUGGGAAGGGGAGAUGGCUGCAGUUUGUUCUUGUUCUUCUUAUAAAUAUUAUGGAAAUUACAAUGUCAUUCUUGGUCCCCUUCCACACAGCUGUAUAAAAAUCCACAUUGAACCGGAUUAUAUGGCAGUGUGGACUCAGAUAAUCCAGUUCAAAACAGAUAUUGUUGAUUAUCUGCCAUGAUCUUCUGGGUUAUAUGGCUGUGUGGAAGGAAGAGCCCUUGAUCUGCCUAAUUAUGGGAGUGAUGGAAUGGGAUGCGUUUCCUUGAGGCUAAAGGAGGACGAUCCUUGGAGGAGGCCUUUUUUUCCUGAGUUUUUGGGGACCUUGCUAUGGGAGACGUGCUGCCGGCAGCUGUCCUAGAGCUGUGUGUGUUGGUGGGAGUUCCCAGGGAGAAGGUGAAAGAAGUCUACCAGGCUUCUCAGAAGAAAGAUGCGAAGAGCUUUCCUUCCUUUGAACCAGAAGUCCUUUCUGUUUUUGUACCUCCGUUUAUCAGCAAGCAGGAAUUGGAAACAACACAUAUAAACAGUAAUACGUUUAAUAAAGCAAAGCGCCGCUCCUUUCGAAAAAAGAAAGAGAAAAAUAGGAUUGAAAACACAAGAAUUCUGAACGGAGGAGGCCAGAAAGCUCCCGAGACUGAAGAUAUUACUAUUCCUAAAGAUGUUGACCUUAAUGGAUUACCACAGCUUUGCUUUCCAGGAGGAUUUCACAUAACGGGCGAAUCCAGGGAAGACCAGUUCCAUUUUCUGGUUUUCACCGAUGUCUUCGGUAACAGAACGUAUGGCGUAGUUGCACAGUAUUACCAGCCUAUGCAAGAGGGACACAUCUCCAAUGGGCAGGUUUAUUGGGAUGCUGUACAGGCUUCUAGAGCUGCUCCGUUUUUUUUACCAUUCGCAAUUUGUGUCAUAUCGAGAUACCCAUACUUUAAUUCCCUCAAAGACUGUCUUUCUUGUUUACUGGUGCAUUUGAAACCUUACAAGGAUUUAGAUGUUGAUGACCAUAUAAAAGAAUUUGCAGCCAAACUCUCCUUAAUACCCAGCCCCCCUCCAGGACCACUCCACUUGGUAUUUAAUAUGAAACCUCUCCAAGUAAUCUUCCCAUCUCGAGAGGAUCCCGAUAGCCCGGUGAUCGAUUUGGAUCUGCAUCUUCCCUUCUUAUGCUUCAAGCCAGAACAGGUUUUACAGAUAAUAACUUGCAUUUUGACUGAGCGGAAGAUAGUCUUUUUCUCUUCCAACUGGGCCUUGCUAACACUCAUAUCUGAGUGCUUCAUGCAAUACUUGCAUCCGAUUCAGUGGCAACACACUUUUGUGCCCAUUCUGUCUCGUCAGAUGCUGGAUUUCGUCAUGGCUCCCACAUCUUUCCUCAUGGGGUGCCACAUUGAUCACUUCGAAGAAGUUUGCAAGGAAGCAGAUGAUCUAAUUCUGAUUAACAUUGAUAAUGGUGAUAUUGCACAGUCCAAGGUGUCCGAAGAAGAAUCUGAAAUCCCAGAUAUCCCACUGCAAGCAGGAAGGAUUUUUAUAACACGGGUUGAAAAUCUCCCUCUGCACUACGAGCUAGAGCUCUGCCACCUUGCUUCCUGUACAGACCUUGGUGAAAUCCAGUUGCGCAAGAGGAAGUGGCAGCAGAGACUCAAUUCCGAGAUUCAACAGAUUACCUUGCAGUUAAUAGUCAAUAUCUUUAGGGAGGUGAAAGACCAUUUGAAUUAUGAGCACAGAGUAUUUAACAGCGAAGAGUUCAUGAAAACAAGACAAGUAGGUGAUCAGCCAUUUUACAGAAAGGUAUUGGAAACGUAUAUGUUCCACUCUUUUCUCAAGGCUCGCCUUAACAGAAAGAUGGACGCCUUUGCGCGCCUUGAACUUACCACCCAAACUGAAGAGAAUAGACUAAGUUCAAUGCUUGACAGUCCAAGGAGACUCACUAUGGAGAAAAUGGUUACAAAAAGGUUUAAUCCUCAGUACAUGAUCAGCAAGCGAAUGGGAAUGAGUUUGCCUAAUCUGCAAGACAUCGGUCCCAUGAACGGCCCCGCUAGGAAUUCUUCUCUUCGACGCGUAAACACUAAGCACAAUUUGAAACUGGUUUCGAAACAAGUGAGCACUUUCAAGAUCCCAGAAAUCCACUUUCCUCUGGUGGGCCAAUGUGUCCUGUCUUACUACAUUGAUUUUAUCAACCAUCUCAGCAGAGCUAUCAACAUUGUGUCUCCCGAUAACUCUGUACUUCUUGCAAGAUAUUUCUACCUCCGGGGACUGAUUUGUUUGAUGCAAGGAAGGCUUCUCAAUGCACUUUCGGACUUCCAAAACCUGUAUAAGACGGAUAUACGGAUAUUCCCUACUGACCUUGUGAGGAAAACGGUGGAAGCCCUUCCCGCUUCUGACCGCUCCCAAGCAGAUCAGAAGCCAGAACUGAAGAGACUGAUAAGCCUGGUGUUGGAUAAGCAAAGGGAAAUAACCAAGGUGGACGACCACGUGAAAAACUUCGAGUUGCCCAAAACCCACAUGCAACUGGCUGACUUUGUGAAGCGCAUUCAGGAAUCCGGCAUCGUGAAAGACAUAGACACUAUACACCGGCUGUUUGAUGCGUUAACAGUUGGGCAACAGAAACAGAUAGAUCCAGAAACAUUUAAAGACUUUUACAACUACUGGAAGGAAACAGAAGCAGAGGCUCAAGACGUCAACCUCCCCCCUGCCGUAAUAGAACACUUAGACAAAAACGAGUGUGUCUACAAGUUAUCAAGCUCAGUGAAAACAAACAAAGGAGUUGGAAAAAUAGCCAUGACUCAGAAGCGCUUGUUCCUUUUGACCGAAGGCGGCCGGCCUGGUUAUGAAGACAUCACUACUUUUAGGGAUAUAGAGGAAGUGAAGAGCACAACAGUCGCUUUUCUUCUGCUCCGAAUCCCAACUUUAAAGAUAAAGUCCACAUCCAAAAAAGAAGUGUUUGAAGCAAAUCUGAAAUCUGAGUGUGAUCUUUGGCAUCUGAUGGUGAAAGAGAUGUGGGCUGGGAAGAAGAUGGCAGAUGACCACAAGGAUCCUCAGUACAUUCAACAAGCGCUUACCAAUGUUCUUCUAAUGGAUGCAGUGGUGGGCGCAUUGCAGUCUUCCAAGAUAAUUUACGCUGCUUCCAAACUAUCUUAUUUUGACAAGAUGAAGUAUGAAGUGCCUAUGAUGGUUCCCAAAACAACAGCAGAAACCCUGAAGCACAAGAUCAACCCAUCAGCAGGCGAGACCUUUCCGCAGGCAGUGGAAGUCUUGCUUUAUACGCCAGGAGAGCUUGAUCCAGCAGAAAGGCACGGAGAUGCUCAUCCAAAAUUGUGGUGUGCUUUAAGCGACGGGAAGGUGGUUGUGUUCGAUGCGUCCACAUGGUCCAUACAGCAUUGCUUUAAAGUGGGGAGCUCUAAACUGAAAUGUAUGGUCAUGGCAGAACAAAGUCAAGUGUGGAUUGGUUCUCAGGAUUCCAUUAUCUAUUUAAUCAACACCCAUAGCAUGUCUUGUAAUAAGCAACUGAAUGACCAUCGUUCUGAAGUUGUGGAUAUCAUUGUGGAGAACAGAGACAACAUGUCCAGUGAGGCCUAUUCCUGCAGCUUAGAUGGCACAGUGAUCGCAUGGAAUAUCAGCACCUUGAAAGUGAAUCGCAGAUUUCAGCUGGCCUGCGAGACACUGACCGCUAUCCGGUUCCACAAUAACCGCCUUUGGUGUUGUAUAGGAAGCUGUAUCCUUGUGGUCACAACGACCGGUAUUAUUCGCCAGAAGGUAAAAAUAGAAGACAUUGCGAGAGACCUGCCUUUGUCUUUGCUGUGCUUCCAGUUGUUCCUUGAGACGGAUCAAAUCUGGGCCUCCUGUUUAGGCAGCAGUGAGCUGUAUAUCUGGAAUGCAACAGAUCUCUCUGCACCUUCUCAAAAGAUAACCUUGCAAGACUGUUUGGAGAUCACCUGCAUGAUGAAAGUGAAGAACCAGCUGUGGGUUGGCGGCAAAGGACUUUCCCAAGGCAAAAUCAAAGGGAAAAUCUAUGUGAUCGACUCUGAAACGAAAAAGGUGGAAAAGGAGUUGGUUGGACACAUUGACGGGGUGAAGGCGUUGUGCUCCGCGGAGAACAGAUACGUCCUCAGUGGCUCCGGAAAAGAGGAAGGGAAGAUAGCCAUCUGGAAGGUCGGAUAAUGCCCGGAGAUUCAGUUUGCACAACUGGAUGGAAGAGAGAGGUUUCUGUGAGCUGCAGUCCUACCUAUAUAUUAACACGCUUCAGUGUUUUUAUCUUAUUAGAUUACUUUUAAAGAUAAUAGUGUGGUUCCGGAGUGGAAGAUGUGAAUUUCUAUUUAUGUCUUAUGAUGCCCGUGAAUUGCACACUGAAGAGGAAAGCUGGAAGCAUGACAGGAAAUCACCGAGUCACUCCUAAUGUCAAAUUGUAACUAGAAAGUGGUAUUUCGUGCCUUGCAGUUUCAAUGGCACUCCUUGUUUAAACAGUAUACUUCCCAAAAGACCCAAUUUCUAGGUAUUACUACCUUCUGUUUAAACCAUCAGUGUUGUCUUUAUACCCAAUGGAAUAUUUUAAAGUUCAGUUACUUGUUUGACAUAGAAUUGGCCUGUCCUUGUUGCCUUGAUCCCUUGAUCCACUCGGUACCUGGAACUUCUCUGUUCAGAGCAAAAGAGGAAGCUGUUAAAAGCAGAGAGGAUCCCUAUUUUGCAAUGAUGCUAUAUUCUCAAGAUCUCCCCAAUAGUACUGAUGCAAUGAAGCAAUUCCCCUUUCAAGGAUUGUGGUUAUUCAGUGUGCAAAAAAGGAAUGCCAUGGUAAAUACAGAACACAUGGUGCCUUCUGGACUCCAGAAACAUGACUACUAUCUUAUGGGAUCAACAUAUUCCAGUUCAAAGGCAGAUAGUUAUCUUGCCAAGCUGCUUCCAUCCCAUUUGCCUCCUUUCCCAUGUUUUAAGUGCAGUUCCUUUGUAUGUACUUUAGAAGUUACAAUCUCAAGCACUCAAAAUACUGCCAUUUUUUGCAUUGGUCAUUAUUUUCCUUCCAGCAUCUGGGAUUACAAAUGAUGUGUGUUGCUGAAAUUUGAAUGUCUUCCUCAUCCUUUUUUGAACAAUAUUUAAAUGUAUUGUUAUGAAUCAGAGGAAACUUUUUGCUGGCCCUUGUUUUGUCAAAUGGGGACAGGGUGUAAUAUAGAUGUAGAGAAAGCAUAGGCUCUUUUGUAAACACUUAAAGACAUUUGCAGAAACGGUUACAAUUUUGUAUAUUUUGUGUACAACAGAAGGGGGUUUAAGCCUUUUAAUAAAAACAUGCUAUUUGGAAACUGAUGAAA